AUGCCCCAACCCCACCACUACUGGUGCACUAUUUGCAGCCAAUCCUUCCGUUGUCGCCGCGGCUUCACCUCCCACAACUCACGUCGACACAAGCGAUCUAAGACUGGGCUACCGAGGUCGACAUUCCGAUAUCAUCCUCAUCUGAAUGGUCGACCUUGCGAUUCGGAAGGUAUCUUCCUUCCUCCUGGUGCACCCCCUCCAGAACGAGAGCCAAUCGACUCAUACGCGCCGUUCGAGAACCGUCCAGCCUUCCAAUUCGCCGAACUCCUCUUCAAAAAGAUGCAGGCAUCGCAAGGUGACGUCAACGAACUACUAAGGAAUAUCGCGGCAUACAACGCCAUGCAAGGCGGUGGUGAUCCGCCGUUUGAGGACACAGAAGAUCUCUACAAGACUAUUGAUGCGAUUCCGUAUGGCAACGCGCCGUGGGAGUCAUUCACAGUUCGCUACACUGGGCCUGUGGACGAGGACUCACCGUCGUGGAAGCGCACUGACUACGUCGUUCACUGCUGCAAUGCCCGACAAGUUGCUCGGAACAUGAUCGGCAACGAGGACUUCAAUGGCCGGUUCGAUACGACUCCUUAUCAGGAGUACAGCGCCCCUAAUACCACACGCUUCUCGAACUCAAUGUCGGGGCAAUGGGCGUAUAGACAAGCAAUUGCGGAGGAUCCAGAGAGCCAUGGAUCGAUGUUGUCCCCGAUGAUCCUCGGCGCUGACAAGACGACUGUAUCUGUCGGAACUGGCAAUUCGGAGUUCCAUCCAUUAUACAUGUCAGUGGGCAAUGUCCACAACUCGGUCAGACGUGCACACAAGGAUGCAAUUAUCCCGAUCGCUUUCUUGGCGAUACCGAAAGCUGCACGAGGCGAAGCCGAGACUGAUGAGUUCCGAACGUUCCGCAAACAGCUGUACCACGCGUCAAUAGCGCACAUCAUGUCGCCACUGCGGCCUUAUAUGGAAACCUACGACGUUGUAUGCUGCCCCGACGGUCACUUCCGACGAGUGAUAUAUCAACUCGGGCCGUUCAUUGCAGAUUAUCCCGAGCAAGUCGUCCUAUCAGGGAUAGUGACUGGGUGGUGCCCGAAGUGUCUCCUUCCUCCCGAAGAUCUAUACAAAGGUGGAGGAGACCCACGCUGUCGUGAUCACACCGAAGAGGUCAUCAAUACAUUCGAUGCUGACGAAGUCUGGAUCGCAUGGGGAAUCGACGCGAACAUCAUACCGUUCACGACGUACUUCCCCCGUGCCGACAUCUACGAACUCCUCACCCCUGAUCUCCUCCACCAGCUCAUCAAGGGGACCUUCAAAGACCACCUCGUCGACUGGGUGGAGCAGUAUCUUUACCUCGUGCAUCCCAAAGUCGAAGCUCGUCGAAGAAUGGAUGAUAUAGACCGCAGGAUUGCCGCUGCGCCUCAAUUCCCAGGACUUCGCCGCUUUCCCGAAGGACGUAACUUCAAGCAGUGGACUGGAAACGACUCGAAGGCCUUAAUGAAGGUCUACCUUCCCGCCAUACAAGGUCAUGUGCCGGACGAUAUGGUUCGCUGCUUUGCGGCAUACCUAGACUUCUGUUAUCUGGCUCGACGGUCUGCUCAUGAUGAAGGUUCUCUCGCGGCGAUGCAAGAAGCCUUAGAUCGCUUCCACCGAUAUCGUGUCAUAUUCGAGACUGUUGGCGUACGCCCUGAGGGUUUCUCGCUGCCACGACAACAUGCCCUCGUCCACUACAUUACUGGCAUUCGACUUUUUGGUUUGCCCAACGGUAUAUGCUCGUCGAUCACCGAAUCUAAACACAUCCGUGCGGUCAAGCAGCCAUGGCGACGAUCGAGUAGGAAUAACGCUCUGCUCGAAAUGCUUUGCAUCAACCAACGCCUCGACAAGCUCAGUGCCGCGCGGUCAGUCUUUGCCAACCGGCACAUGCUUGACGGCGACGUCCUCGCGGACGCGAUGAACGUGGCUUUCGUAACCGAAGAUCAGUUCGCUCUUGACAACAUUGACGAGCCGGAGGAAGAAGCGAUGGACCUUGCCGCCGAGUACAAACAGCCAGACCUUCUCGUUUUGCUCCGCCGCUUUCUCUUCGACCAACUGUAUGCCACAGACGAAAUCGACUCAAGCAUGGUGGACCUAUCAGAAUGUCCGCAAUUCCUCGGGAAGAUCGCCGUGUACCGGUCGGCGAAUGCUACGUUCUUCGCGCCAAGCGAACUCUCUGGUGAUCGCGGCAUGCACCGGGAGCUCAUUCGGUGCAACCCUUCUUGGCGCGGCAACCCGCGUUACGAUACAGUCCUCAUUGGUGUUGACGCGGACGAGCCCGGCAUGAAUGGGAUGGCUGUCGGUCGGGUCAUGGGGCUGAUGGCGGUCACAUACAGUGGUAUACGCUAUCCGUGCGCACUGAUUGAUUGGUUCGACGUCUUAGAGGAUCCAAGCGAUGUGACUGGCAUGUACGUCGUUCAGCCCGAGCUCGAUGAUGAUGAACAGCAGGUAUCGUCUAUUGUACAUUUAGAUAGUCUAUUUCGUGCUGUUCACCUGAUGCCACUGUAUGGAGAUGCUUCGAUACCAGUCGACUUUCAUUUCUCGUAUAGCCUAGAUGCAUUUGAAUCAUUCUAUGUAAAUAAGUACAGUGACUAUCAUUCACACGAAACUAUAUUUUAG